GAAGUGAAUGGAGCACCACCCUCUCCACAUUACACACUAAGCACAAAAUUGUGGUCUAAAUGCAACCUCUCUUUUUGAAGCAUCACACCAACCUCUCUCACUCGCUCCUACUCACAAAAGCAGGACCACAGACACAAACAUCAGAAAACACUCUUUGCCUCUCUUCUUCCACCCGAAGCUAUUUAGCUCCACCGAUCUCCAUGGCGGCAGGACUCUCCACCGCCAGCAACUUAAAGCCCUACAGUCUCCUCCAACCUUCAAUUCCUCUCCCUAAGCCGACCCCAUCACUGCUCUUCAACCCCUUAAGAGGUUUCCAUCACACCACAAUCCUUCGAACCCUAAGAAGAACGAGUGCCUUCACCCUUUGUGUCCUUAUGGAGGAUCCUAAACGCAAUUUGCAGAUCAAAACGGAGGAAGAACAAGAAUCCCCCAAACUCGUGAUUCCUCAAGUUGUUUCAGCACAUUUGGCAGAGAAAUUGGCCAGGAAGAGGUCUGAAAGGUUCACUUAUCUCGUUGCAGCUGUGAUGUCUAGCUUUGGUGUCACUUCCAUGGCAGUUUUCGCCGUUUAUUAUAGAUUCGCAUGGCAAAUGGAGGGUGGAGAAGUUCCUUGGUCUGAAAUGUUUGGCACAUUUUCUCUCUCCGUGGGUGCUGCUGUGGGUAUGGAGUUUUGGGCAAGAUGGGCUCACAGAGCUCUUUGGCAUGCUUCCUUGUGGCACAUGCACGAGUCUCACCAUCGAGCAAGGGAAGGGCCAUUCGAGCUUAACGACGCUUUUGCAAUAAUUAACGCAGUCCCUGCCAUCGCUCUUCUCUCAUACGGUUUCUUCAACAAGGGACUGGUCCCUGGCCUCUGUUUUGGUGCAGGUCUUGGGAUCACAGUUUUUGGGAUGGCCUACAUGUUUGUCCACGAUGGAUUAGUUCACAAGAGAUUCCCUGUGGGUCCCAUUGCCAACGUGCCCUACUUCAGAAGAGUCGCUGCAGCUCACCAGCUCCACCAUUCGGACAAAUUCAAUGGGGUGCCAUAUGGGCUGUUUUUAGGACCAAAGGAAGUUGAAAAAGUGGGAGGGCUAGCAGAGCUAGAGAAAGAGAUACGUAGGAGAAAAAAAUCGGGAUCAUGACGAUGCGACAUUGGAGCUGUUUGAAAGAUUUAUAAGUGUAGAAAAAGGGAAACAAUACAAUAAAUUAAAUGAGGAAAUGAUUUUAAUAUAUUUUUGCUUUGACACAAAUAUUCAUAUUAUAGCGGAUUAGCAGGAUAUAAAGCACAAAAAUAGGUUU